CUGACAUUUUUUUGACUCAAAAAAACCCGUGGCUUGUCCCGAUCGAUGGAAAAAGCACAGUCAUGGACUUUUUUUGGGUACCUUUUUGACAUGGACCAAGACAAGCAGACCAAGCCAAGGAAGAGGUUCGUAGGAAAGGCUCGCAAGCAAGAAGGCACCGUACCCGAUUCAAACAACAUUGAGGAUGGUGCUGUUGGAUUCGCAAAACCUGCCGCUCGAUCCACCGCCAGCAGAAUGGCAAACCAAAUUCCAGACGAAAUAAUGAACAACCCUUUGUUGAAUAAGAUGAUUGAGCAGCUACCUGCCAACUAUAACUUUGAGAUUCACAAGAGUGUAUGGAGAAUACAAAAGGCAGAGGCAAAGAAGGUCGCUUUGCAAUUCCCAGAAGGACUGCUCAUGUUCGCCUGCACCAUUUCCGACAUUCUAGAAGCGUUUUGCGGUGUAGAGACUUUGGUGAUGGGAGAUGUUACCUAUGGCGCAUGCUGUGUCGAUGAUUUCUCAGCAAGAGCUUUAGGUUGUGACUUUCUGUUACACUACGGUCACAGCUGCCUGGUACCUGUUGAUGUUACGCCUAUCAAUACAUUGUAUGUAUUUGUCGACAUUGGUAUUGAUACCCAGCACUUUAUCGACACUGUCAAGCGGAAUUUUGAACCAGGCAAGAAGCUUGUGGUGGUUGGAACCAUUCAAUUUGUUACAGCGCUGCAGGCCGCACGCGCAAUCUUGGAGCAGGACUAUGUAUUACAAGUACCACAGGCAAAGCCGUUAUCACCUGGUGAAGUACUCGGUUGCACAUCUCCAAGACUCCCGGACAUGGAUGCCAUAAUAUACCUCGGCGAUGGUAGAUUCCAUUUGGAGUCCAUCAUGAUUCACAACCCCGACUUACCAGCUUUCAGAUAUGACCCCUACGAUAAAAAGUUCACGCGAGAGCGCUAUGAUCAUGCAGAGAUGCAUUCAUUGCGUAAGCACGCUAUUGCGACAGCUACUAAAGCUAAGACGUUCGGGUUGAUAUUGGGAACACUCGGAAGACAAGGUAGUCCCAAGAUCAUGGAUUACUUGCAAGAGAGCAUUACAAAGGCUGGAAAGACUUAUGUGACCAUUCUACUAUCGGAGAUCUUCCCUGGAAAGCUGGCACAGUUUGAAGAUGUGGAUGCUUGGAUCCAGAUUGCUUGUCCACGUUUAUCCAUCGACUGGGGAUACGCCUUCCCAAAGCCACUUCUCACACCUUACGAGGCAUCGGUUGUGUUUGGGAAUGCGGAGUGGCAAAGUAUAUAUCCAAUGGAUUUUUAUGCUAAUGACAGCCUGGGCCCAUGGACAGUCAACCAUGGACGAAAUAUUCGAAAAAGUCGUCCGAUCAAGUCUAAAGCCGUUGCUACGAAGGAGGAGCCAGCAUCUAUUAGUACAGCAUAAACACC